AUGCCGCUUCGAUUGCACAACACUACUUUGGUGAUUGACGCGGAAAACUUUGUGAACCAUCGUUAUCGCACGUCUGGUCUGUUAACUUAUUAUGGUGGAGAGCAAAUGGAUUUUCUGGUUUCCAUGCGGAUAUUUUUGAGGCAGCUACAAAAGUGUCGUAUCAGGCCUAUUUUCAUCUUCGAUGGAUGCCAUGAAGAAAAUGGCACCAAAAGAGAGACUUUGCUGAGGCGGAAUAUGGAGCGUAUUCCCGCUCUGAACAAUUUCAUCCACCUGGCCCAACUAACUCCUGACACAGACUGUGUGGAUUGCGGUGUGGAUCUGCUACCAAAACUUACAAAUCAGGUUGCAUUGGAUUUACUCGAUGAGUUUGGUAUCCCGCAUAUCUGUUGCAUCCGGGAAGCCGAUACGCGAAUAGCUGAACUCGCUGUCUUCCUCGAUUGUCCGCUUCUAAGCAACGACUCUGACUUUUAUAUCUUUCAGUCACCAUAUCCUUCACGUUAUCGUGUGAUUUCACUAACCUCCUUGAGUUCUGAAUGUGAACGGUUGCCGAAUAAUUGCUCGGAGUGUGCUUCCUCCUCCACACGUUGCUAUGGGUUAUCAUGUACAGUUUAUCGCCCGACACGCUCCUCUCUCAGUACAGUAUCACCCUCUUUAAUCCCCCUUUUAGCUGUUCUAUUGGGAAACGACGUGAUUUCGUGUAUUCGAAUUCCAGACAGUGUGAACAAUUUGGUGAGAGCUUCCAAAAAUUCGUGCUACAGCGCGAAACGUGUGGGUGCUAUGCUUCAGUGGCUAAGUCGUUUCUCGAAUGACGUUUCUAGCCCCUUGUACGAGAUUUUCUCCGGAUACUCGACUUCCAACCUAGAUCAACUCACAAAACAAAUUGCACAUUGCGUUCAGGGUUACUUCCUCGAUCCAACCACAGGUGGCUCAGAACUUUCUGCGGCGUUAGGCCUCCCAUCGGUUCUCGCAUUUGUCCCUACCCCACUCCCAAGCAAUCUUCAUGUUGACCUUAGCUCUAUCUCGGUCACUACCGUAGAGGAAGCGGUUUCCGUCGUCGCAAGGGUAUUAUCAUGUGGGGGGACAGGUGGGCGUGACGCGGAUGCAGACUUUUGCCGUCUCUGGCCAACGAAACUAGUCCGCAGUUUUCGCAAUAGCCAGAUUUCCACUUCAUUGCUUGAUGCCCUUUACGUGCGCGGUGGGACGGUGCUUCGCAUUUUGUACGAGAACUUGAAUCACGAAACUUCCAUUUACAAAGUCAGUGAGCGAAUGCGCUUACUGGAGUACCAGCUAUUUAUCGAACUUGAAAAUAGCCUUGAUUGCUCUCAGAAUCUCCGCUGGCUAACAAACGGGAGCCCGGUGGAAAACCGUCGUAAUGGCUCACGAAUGUGUACGUUCCCCAUGCCGUUACCUGCUUCCACUAUCCCCCGUUGUAGGACGGCACUUCAAUCGUUCGAGCAGUUUUUUCGACAAUAUUUAUUCAUUGAUUUACGCUGCAUUUCCUGUGACUCAACUUACGCAGUUGGGAUUGCUUCCAUUCUUGUUCUAUGGCUGAAAUUUUCGUCUUUCUCAGAGGUUACCCAGUGUCUCUUUGUCGAAAAUCCCGUUGUGUUAUCCUUCGUCGCUUGCGCCCUGGUGAGUGGUAUUUACUUUGAUUACCUCCGUGAGCAUCCAUAUGGUAACGCAGAUCGCGCCUUGGCUGAACUGUGCGAAGAAUAUGUUCGAUUAGCGACUGAUGCUAAACGGGAGUGUCUUUCUGCCGGUCUUCAUCGUUACUCCAUCGAAAUUGUACAUCAGUUCAAUGAGCUUCAAUUGGUGUAUUUGGAGCUUAAGCAGUUGACCAAUUUGCUCGACAUAUUCUGUACACACUUAUCGGAGCGCGUUGCCCCGGCUUCCACUACUCCUCCCAGUCGCACUCUGAGGCUAUCCUUCUGGCCUGCGUGGGUAAUGUUUCCAAGUGGAAGGCUUCUCUACUGGUUAACUCAAGCCCUGUUUUCUGUUGCGCCGCACAACCGUUUUCGGCUGCUUCAAACCAAGUGGAUUCCCGACCUACUCCGUAUAACACUCUACAAGCUUCCUCCUCCCCAUGUCUCUGAUAUGCCGAAGCGUGUUUGGCGUCUGCUCGAUACUGCUCAGCAAAUGUUAAACCACUACUCUCAACUUGACAUGUCUAUGUUUUGA